CCGGGCUGUGCAGGCCGCAGCGCUGGAGCCCGCGCCGCAGCCCCCGGCCACCGAGGCUGGACCAGCCCGCGCGCAGGAGGACACCUGGCCCCGGCUCGGCGGGCGGCUCCGCGCGCAGCUGUGGAUACUUGGAGAGGAGUGCCACAAUGAUAGCAUUUGGAGAGAAGUAUUUCCCGUUCUAAGAUGUUGCUAUGAGGACAGAUUCGCCGGAAAUGACUGAUGUGGAGCUUGGGGUCGACAAUUUUGCAUCUUCAGCAAGGGCAGGCCGCCGGAAUGCCGUCCCGGACAUCCAGGGUUCAGAAGGGACAGGUGGGACUUCCGAGUUGCCCGUCAAACUGGAGACCCUCUCCAUAAAGGAAGAUGUAAAAAAGAAAGAUGAAGGAAAAACACAAGACCAACCGGAAAAGCCCCCAAAUGAAGGAAAAUGAAGGCUCAUAACCUAUCAAGAGUGCUGAAUUUCUGCAAGGUGAAAGACUUUAGUGGUUCUGCUUUCCUGAGAUGUUCGAUCUGGUAGUAACCAUGGUAACAUUGCAGCCCUAAGCAACAUGUGUGUACUAGAUAAUUUUGUUGUGAUGCUAUUCACUUGGAUUGCAACCAUGAUGUCCACUAUAGGUUAUUAAAAGGCAGAUUACAUCCAAAUUGCACCCAAGGAAAAGAUUAAGAAUGUAUGGUCAUUUAAAUACAUAUCACUGUCUAUAAAUCCAAUAAAAUCCACUGUUCUCUUUUAGAUUUAUUUAGCCAGAUGUGGUUUUAAUUCUGUUUUUAUGGUAGUAGAUAAAACAUUUAAACCAAACACCACUAAUGUAUGGAAUUUGGAGGAAUUUAUGGUGGGCUUUUUUUGUUUGGUUGGUGGUUUGUUUUGGUAAGAAGGAAUAAUAGGUCAAACCACAAGGAUAGAAUGUUUUUAACUGGUUUUUUUUUUUUUUGGUCCCAACCCCUAAAAAAAUUUAGAGGAAAAGUGUAAAAUCUUGACAAUCUGAACAUUUCCAGGAUGUUUUUGUCUGACAUACAUUGCUUCUAGUCUAUGCAUACUGUGACUUUUCAUGUGGACUCUUAAGAUGCAAAAUUUGUGAUCAAUUGUUUAUAUGUAAUAUGCCUAUUAAAUGAAUUUUAUUAUCUUCCUUAACUUGGCGUGUGUAUGUGUAUGUUUUUAUUUAAUGUGAAUUAUGCAAAAACACUUUAUUACUUGCUUUAUAGUCUUUUCUUAUUCUUCGGGCUUUUGUGUAUAUAUGACUUGUUUCUAAAGUAAUUUUCUCAGACUUUAAUUUUUAUAUCUUUCCUAAAGUAGGUAACAUAAGAGUAGGCACUUAAAUAUUUGAAGAAUGAGGUGGGUAUAAAUAGCAAAAUACUUGCUUUUAAUAUAUAUUUAAGUAUGUUUUAAAAUAAACAAAACCAAAGCCUUAGUAAAUGUUGAUUUAUUAGACAUUUUAGGAAAAGAAUAGAAUUCUGAAUUUUUAAAAAAAUUACCAAUAAAUUAUUUUUAUUUUCAGAUAUAUAUGCAUGCAGUUUUACUUUAUUUGAUUGUAACUUAGGCCAUGUCUGUAUACAGUAAUCAAAUAAACUCUUUCACUGUUAAA